AUGGAGUCUCAUCAGAAAAGACUGCUUGCGACAACGGUCGACGAUCAUGCUGAAACAAAUCCCAGCCAACGAUUUGCUGUUAUCCCACAGGGACCAGAAAUAAGCAAUGGGUUCCAAGACCUUUCAAUCAAAGACCUGGCACAGGCUGUGAACUUCAUGUGCUGGUGGAUUGAAAACACCAUUGGACCGGCACAAUCCCCAGAGACGUUGGCAUAUAUGGGCAGCAACGAUGUGCGCUAUUUCUUCUUUAUGCUUGCAUGUCAGAAGACUGGAUACCAGGCCUUCUUGCCUUCCACUAGGAACUCGGACGAAGCCCAUGUCCAUCUAUUCAAAGCGACAAACUGCACCAAGUUCUUCUUCAGCGAGGAGCGCCAGAUACGAACCCUCGAGAUCCAGGGACAUCUUCCGGCAUUAGAUAUCUUUCAAGUCCCGACUAUCAAGAAGAUUCUCAGUGACGAAAUCGGUCUGCGGCACUAUCCAUACACCAAAUCUUAUGCCGACGCAGAGAAUGAUACAAUAUGCAUCAUCCAUAGCUCUGGAACAACAGCCAUGCCAAAGCCAGUAUAUCUCACCAACGGCUUCUUCAUGGCCAUGGAUUCUCUUUCCAAUCUCAUAAAGUCAUCAGGUCGCCAGCCAAGCAUGUUCUACGAUCUAGACCAAACCGAACUAGUCCUGGGCACGCCGCCUUUCUUCCAUAUAAUGGGCCUAAUACCACCCGUGUUCUCAGUGUGGUUCGAAGUGCCCGCCCUCAUUGGCCCAGACAAGUCACUCUCCGUCGACCAUAUGAUAGACCUGCUGCGCACGGCCCGUCCCACAGCUAUGCUCUGCACUCCCUCGAUCCUAGAAGACCUAAGCUACUCCGACGCAGCUUUGGAUUGUCUGAAAGAACUCAAGACAGUGUACUUCGGCGGCGCACCUCUAUCUCCAGAGAUCGGAGAGCGGUUGAGCAAGUAUACGCAGCUUGUAUCGUCUAUUGGAAGCAGCGAGGCGGGCGUGUUGUCAGCUUUCGCGCCGGAGGACCCAGCUAACUGGAGUUACUUGGAAUGGAAUGAAGCGUACGGCAUAGACAUGGAAGAUGUCGGGGAUGGAGUAUUCGAGAUGGUGAUUCCUCGACAGGAAAAUGCUCGCGACUUCAAGAGCAUUUUCCACACAUACCCCAAUAUCAAUGUGUAUCACACCAAUGAUCUCUUUACCCAGCACCCGACGAAACCGCAUCUGUGGAAGUUCUGUGGGCGCAAGGAUGAUGUGAUUGUCCUCAGUAACGGCGAGAAAUUCAAUCCCGUUGGGAUGGAGAAAACCAUUGAAGGACACCCGCUGGUCAGGAGGGCGGUGGUGGUCGGGCAGUCCCGGUUCCAGGCCGGUCUGCUCGUCGAGCCGAGUCACGGAGGACCGGAUUUGCACCUGAAGCUCUUUGUUGAGGAGAUCUGGUCGACGGUGCAAGCGGCUAACCAGACUAUCGCGGCUCAUGGGCGGUUGAUGAAGAACAGGAUCUGGUUCGCGGCGAAGAAUAAGCCGUUUAAGACGACUCCGAAAGGUACUGUGCAGCGUCAGGCUGUGCUUCGAGAUUACAAGAAAGAGAUCGAUGAAAUGUAUGCCAAAGAGCUUGAGCAUGACUUGGAACAGUGUCUGCCAGAGAGGUUGAACGGUGAGAGUGUUACAGGGUAUAUCCACCAGAUUAUCACCCGUGUUCUGGAGAAAUCGAAUAUCGAGAAUAGUCAGGACUUUUACUCUGCCGGUCUUGAUUCUCUGAUGACCAUUCAUCUCGCCCAGGUGCUGCAAAAGGGUAUCCAGCUACGUCGGCCGGAUGUGAAAGCAGGAACCAUAGACGCCCAGACGAUCUAUCGGAACCCAACAGUAGACCGGUUGUCUCUGGUCGUUAUGGCCAUCUUAGAUGGAAAAACCCAAGCUGGGAUCCCGCGAGCAGAGAAGAUCCAGAGUCUAGUGGAAAAGUAUACGUCCGAUCUUCCAGCGCGGGAAGUCUACCCUCCGAAUGGAUUGCAUUCACCUUCGACCGUGAUACUGACCGGAUCAACCGGCUCUCUGGGAACAUAUCUACUGCAUUCUCUACUGAGCAGCGAUUCCAUCACGAAGGUCUACUGCCUCAACCGCUCCGACGCGGAAUCACGACAGAAAAAAGGCUUCGAAGAGAAAGGCCUGCGCCUCGACGCAAGCAACUGGGAAAACAAAGUCGAAUUCCUCCAAGCCUCAUUCGGAAAACCCCAAUUCGGACUAAACGAAUCCAAAUACGAAGAACUCCUCAACUCAGUCGAUACCAUCAUCCACAACGCCUGGAAAGUCGACUUCAACCACACCGUCGAUUCCUUCGAGGAAACCCACAUCCAGGGCGUGCGCCGCUUUAUCGACUUUAGCUUGGCCAGUCGCAGCAAUGCCCAUCUUCACUUCAUCUCCUCCGUCAGCACGGUAGGUGCUUGGACCCCAGAAAUGGGAGCCUCGAUCCCAGAAGUACCGAUGGAGGACAUUGCAGUCGUUCUCCCGCAGGGCUACGGUGAAUCCAAAUACAUUGCCGAGCGGAUGUGUCUCGAAGCCUCGAAACGAUCCCACGUCCCUACGUCGGUGUAUCGCGUCGGACAAAUCGCCGGACCAACCAGUGCGCGCGGACGAUGGAAUCCACAGGAAUGGCUCCCGACGAUCAUCGCAACGUCGAAAGCGAUGUGUAAAAUUCCGACUGGACUAGGCUCGACCACCGUCGAUUGGGUCCCGGUAGAUAUUCUAUCGAAGAUUAUCGUGGAAAUUGUCCACACGCGUCAUAGCUCCGACGCAGAAUCGGCCGUGUUCCAUCUCACGAAUCCCGAACAAACACCAUGGUCUUCGUUGAUCCCGGCUAUCCAGAGCCAAUACGCGGUCGAGCCGGUGGAUUUUUCCGCCUGGCUGGCCGAACUGGAAAGUAUCGUUAACCCUAAUAGUGUGGAGAUUGCCUUGAAGCCCGCGCUCAAGCUGUUGGGUUUUUACCGCGGGCUUCAAGGGGAAGGUGCCUCUGUGGCGCUGGAUGUCCGUCGGGCCAGAGAGGCCAGUGUCAGCAUGAAGGCUCUGGGCCCGGUUUCUGGGUCGUUGAUGCGGAAUUGGUUGCAGCAAUGGCGAUUUUGA